AUGGCAAGGAAGAGGAAAGUGGAAAGUAGUGCAGCGAUAGUAGAUGAGAGUGACAGAGUUUUGUAUUCAGUGUUUAGAAAUUCUGCUAAUGAACUCUCUCAAUUGUAUUCUCAAGCAAUCAGUCAUAACAAGCUUUCGUUUGAAGCUGGACAAAGACAUGCUCUUGAGAAACUGAGUAACUGGAUGGCAGUGAAGCAGGAAGGUGGAAUAAUGGUGACAACAGAUGAUAUCUCUGCUUAUCUGCAGAAUGAGCUGAACAAUAUCUCCAUUGCUAGUUAUGACUCCCAUGGUGGCCGGAAUGAGGUGAACUCAUCUUCCACAACCCCUCCCACACAGAGCCAAGAUAAAAACAAAAACCUGUGUUCUUCCCUCGAUUCAGAAAUGGAUACAACUCCUGAUGGAUCUGCUCACUAA